AUGAGUGAGCAGCAGACGCAGAAGAGGAGGAUGUCGAAGAAACCGGCGGAGGACGAGAUGCUCCAGCAGCACUUCGAGCACGAGAAUCAGUAUGAGAAGUGGAGGGCCGCCAAGCCGAGAUUGGAGUGAGUUCACUGCUUGGCCACGUGGGGUACAACUCGGUUGCUUCAGGUACGAUUUCGCGGUCGACGAGUCCGGCUACAUCUACUGGAUCUGGACGUUCAUCGUCGUCUGCGGCUGUCUCUACAACAUCAUCGCUCUUUCUGUGCUCGCAUUCGAAAACAUUCGUCUAGUUUACACUGAAAAGUUCAUUCCGAUCAACAUCGCGUUUGACUUGGUUUUCUUUCUCGACCUCGUAAUUAGGUCAAUGUUAGGCGAGUCUAGAAGCUUUUCGAACUCUAUCUUAACAAGGGUUUUUUUUUAGCAUUUCACGAAGAGGGAGUGCUGGUCACUGACUUAGCAGAAACACGAAAAAACUAUUUCAGCAGGCAAUAUCUUCCUCUUUUUUUGAAAGCUGAAAUGUUGUUUUUUUUAGUUUCCAUUUCGCACUCGACUUGCUGGCAAUAGUCCCUUUUGACUAUCUGCUAAUCAGAAAGACUUCCUCUGCUUUCUGCCGCUUUAAUCGUUUUCUGAAAAUGUACAGAAUUGCCAAUUUCAUCGCUCAGUCUUAUGGAAAACUGACACAGGUUUGAUUAACUUGGAAGAUGGAAGGGAGGGCGUCAAUUUCAGGUGACAAUAUCCCUUUCGAAGAUAAUCACCGCUUGCUUCCUGCUCUUCCAUGUGAAUGCGUGCGUAUUCUACAUCAUCUCAGUGAACAGUGACACGUCUUCUUGGGACGGAGUCAAUGCGACUUUCGACGACGAUGAGUACCUCCCGUGGCCGUACACUCCGGAGAAGAUAACGAGUGAGUUGGUGGCAGGAAUUACUGGUGGCCAAAUCCUUUCUUCAGAUGCUUACUUUGUGGGAUGCGAAGGACGCCCAGACUGUUACAAUUCAAACUUUUAUUACGACGAGGAACGGGAAGAUCGUCUCGUGGAACUGUAUCACUUUUGGAGACUGAAUAACAGGUACGUACUCCCUCUCAAUUCCCCUUCUCAAGUGUAACUAAUUUCUCAGAACGGCUAUCUAUACCUUUUCCAAGUUCACAAAGGAGUACACUCUUUCGAUGUACUGGAGUGCAAUGACCAUGACGACACUGGGGGAGCAGCCGGCUCCGAACACUUCCCUCCAGAAUGCGUUCGAAAUUGUGAACACUCUCGCAGGACUUCUUCUUUUCGCCGUCAUCAUGGGAAGCAUCGGAGACCUUGUGGCGAAUGCGAACAAAGUGAAAACGUACUGGCAGACUCUGAUGGACGGCCUCAAACAGUACAUGACUUACAGGUGACCGAAAGUUGGAAAAGUAAAACAUCUAAGAGUAGAGAGAUUGUAGAAGUCUGAAUGAAAAUCUGCAAUCGAAAGUGUUGAAGUAUUGUGAGUAUGAGAUGGGCGAGGAGACCAUUCUGAAGGAGCAUGAAGUGAGGGACGAGCUGCCCACAAAGCUCUACGGCCACGUCACCACCUCCAUCAUCGGCGUCUCGCUUCAGAAGUCACCGCUGUUCAAAGUACGUGCGGAAACAUUUAAAAGAGCUAGAAUUCUCUACAUUACAGGCAUCUGAACGGAGCUUCCUAACUGAUAUCUCAGAGCUUCUCGAGCCGCAUUACUUCUGCCCGGGCGACGUCGUUAUCGAGAAGGGACAAAUGUGCGACGUGAGUUUCGUCUCCUCCGUUUCCCUUUCGUCACCUCCAAACUUCAGUCCAUGUUCAUUAUCGUCUGCGGCCAAAUGGUUGAAGUAACGGAUGAAUCAGAAAUAGAUCAUUGCGAAGGAGAAGUGAGAGUUUCCAAUUACUUCCCCAUACCUUCUGAAGUCUUCCAGGUACUUGGAGACGUCAACUUGAUCUGGUUCAACAAUCAUCUGAAUCACAACCGACACAAGCAUAACUAUGUGUCCAGUGCUUUCUCGCAGAUCCACGUGCUCAGCAGAAAUGAUUUCUAUAGAGUUUUGCGGUCUUACGACCCCAAACUGAAGAGGAGACUGUGCAGUGUUGGUCAGUUUUCGUCGGUUCUGUGAGCAAUUCCCGAUUGAGAGAGUUUACAGCGUUCCAACUGCAGAAAGAGCGCGGCGAAUUGGACGACAAUAAGCGUAGUCUGGUGGAAAUUGAAGAUAUGGAGUCAGAACUGAAAAGAUUGGCCAUAAACACUCUCGAAGUCGACGAUAAAAUGGCUGUUCUUGAGGAGAAAUUCGUGGUGAGUAGCGCGUGCGCUCUCGUCUCUUAUAUGCAUUGGUCAAGCGGCGGCGAGUGAUGCCCGCGUGGCGCAGGUGGUAUAGAGGGGUCGGACGGCAAACACGCCGUCGCUGGCUCGAUUCCCCGCCAGUGUCGAUGAUUAUACACUUUCUACUGUUCACGUACCGACUGUUCAGUGGCGGAUACAUCCUUCAAUGAGACUUUUUUGUUUUUUUUUCAGCACUUCUCAAUGUUAGCCAAAAGAAGACUGUUCAAAUCCGAGGUAAAGAUGUGCAACCUUCUAAGAAUCGCCCGCCGAAGAACAAGGAGAGUCUAGAAGAAAAUUGGUGUCAAGAAGGGGAGUCGGAAAGAAAGAAGACCGAUCAUCACUGAACCGGUUGUGUCGCAAUCGAGAGAAGAGUGGGAAAAAGAGAAGAAAAAGAAGAAGAAGAAGAAGGGAGACUUCGCAUUUUUCUUCGCUGAUUUUUUUCGCGGUCAUUUGUCGUUCUGUUUGCCAAAGCGGCAGGUGCGGUUCAAUUUCCUCUUUUUUGUGGCCAUUUGCAAAAUGAAAUGCCACGUUUCACUGCUUUCGCUUCUUCUGCUUCACUUGGCCGCAGCGGAUUACUGUGGAUCCGAUCAGAUUGCUUAUGGAAUGGAGGUGAGGAUUACUGUACCCUCUCUCUCGUUUCACGUGGAUUCUUCAGGUCCAUUACAGCGGAGUCAUCCGAUUAUUGUGCUCGAAACCAAACUGCUUUGACAAAAACUAUUCAGUAAGUGUUUGAAUACAAAAACGUUGCAAAAGUUAACAAUAUUCAGGACUGUCCAGAAAGAGCCGAACGUCAGAAAGGAUGUCAAGAAGCGAAUCAGUGGAUCGGGGGAUUCGAGAGGAACGUCGAAGGCGACCUGUACACGAUGUGUUGCGAGUACGAGAACCUCGAGAAAUACUCAAAAGUCCGCUAUUCCGACGUGAGUUUUCCCUUUCCGCAACCGACUGAAAACACAGAGAAUAAAUGCAGGUGCGAAUCCGUCGCGGAGAGUUUUUUGAAGGCGAAGAGAAGGAGAAUAAGGACGGCGACGUCGUGAAGUUCGAUGUAAUCAAGGACAUUCGAAUGCACAAAGACGCCGAGGGGUUUGUUUUUGUCGAAAGUUUCUCUAUAAGGAAGGAUGAAAAACAAGAAUUAUCUUGCCAGUGAUAUGAUUAAUUUUCCGCCUUUUCUGCGCAUUAUCGUGAUAAUCGUUUUCGCGGCGAGACCCAUUCUUUUCCAGAAUAUCCUACUACAACUUGACAGUGCUCUCGUUCAAUUGUGAGGCGAUUCCGGAAACGAAACCGAAUUGGUACCAGAAAAGUCAGUGGCCGUACUUCGAAUACGCGAAAGUUUAG